GGUUACUUCUCUAUCAGUGAUUCAGCCUCUUACCUUCUUGUUGGUAAUGUGGCCCCUCACAUCCCCCGGACCACGCUCAUGACAUGAAGAAUCUCAGGCUCAUCGGUGGUGUUGGUGUUGCAGUAGCUGCUGCAUGCAAUAGAUGAUGACGUCUCCCUCAUCCACAUCCAUGGCCUGCAACGUAGACCACGCCUGCCAUAUGCUAUUUCCCAACCCACCACUCAUCGACAUCAUGCCACGUGGAAGAUAGCCCAUCAACCGAGGAAGUGUGCUCCCAUUGGCUCCUCUCUCUAUCUCUAUCCCUGCAUUAUAUUAACACACAAAGUGCAGGAUACAUUAUGGUAUAAUAUCAGUGUUUGAGAGCCUUACCUCCCUUCCAUCACGUUAAAUAAGGCCAAACGCAAAAUGGCAGCAGCUGCAGUUGGUUGAAUGCUGCUUUCUUCUCUUCGACACUCCUUCCCUCUCCCACUGCUGUAUAUAUAUUAGUCAUCAUACACCAAACAGUAUCAGAGAAAGAAAAUAGGUAGGGAGAGGAGGAUGGGAAACUGCCAGGCAUCGGAGGUGGCGACCGUGGUGAUCCAACACCCUGGGGGGAGGGUGGAGAGGCUGUACUGGCCGACGAGUGCUGCCGAUGUCAUGAAGACCAACCCAGGCUACCAUGUUGCCCUUGUCAGCCUCUACGUCUCCGAGGAGAAGCAGGAUGGCAGCAGCGUCCGGUUUACCCGCGUAAAGCUGCUCAAGCCCAAGGAUAUGCUCUUGCUCGGCCAAGUCUACCGGCUGAUCACCUCCCAGGAAGUUACAAAAGCUCUGAGGCAAAGAAAAUAUGAGAAGAUAAGGAAGAGCCAGGCUGAACUGAUUAGAAAACAGCAACAAGAGCAUAGAACAAAAGAUCAGGAUGGUGAGGCAAACCUGGAGGAUUCAAGAAGUAGACAUCAGGCAACAAAGCAGGGGAGUGAUAGACAAAAAAGCAGCAUACAGAUGGCAGUGAGAGGCAGGCAAUGGCGUCCUUCGCUUCAGAGCAUCUCAGAGAUGGGAAGCUAAUUGUGCAAUUCUCUUACCCUGUUGUCACAACAAAAAGACAAGUCAUCUCAGGCAUGAGAUGAGGUUCAUGUGGUUAGUGUGAUAUUGGUUAUGGAUGCAAAUCAUGAAAAAUUGAGGGUACUACCAUAAGGAAAAACUUAAAAGAGUCUCCUUGUAGAGGAAGUAUACAUUUGAAUAACAGUCCAUCGUGUAAUCAACAAGAGUCAGAAACAAAGAUACAUAUCAUCAUGAUCUAGAGCUUAUGGAACAAGAAAUUGCAAAGUUACUGAUACUAGCUUUCCUUACUGAUUCAGGAUUUCAAUUUAGUUGAAUUUGAAGCAAACAGUCACAUGAGUAAAAAAGACAGGAAAGACAGAGUUUUGGCAAGUGAAACAUCUUAGAAAACAUCUAUGUAUAUUUACUCUAUAUAUAACCUGAAACUAGUCAUAUUUUACAGUGAAGCUAUCACUCUGUUGUCAGAAGACCUAAUAAAUUAUAUGAAUGAACAAUGGUCACUGAGACUGUUGGGAAGUCUAGAUCUCCCUGCCCUGACCUACAUAGCUUUGUGCCCACAGAAGAGCCACACUUGCUGCUAUAGGAGCUCCGGGAAGUCUCUUCUCCUUUAGUUGAAGGAACAUUUCCCACCAACAGUGUCCCAGGACCACUGUACUCCUUGUGACAUAAGUUGUUGAAUAUCUAGAUUACAAUGCACCAUAAAAACAUUGUUAUAAGUUUGAUAAUGAGGUAGAUUUGCUAUCUCCUUAAACAAUCUUACAUUGCAAAGGCAAGGACAUAUCAGUUGUGUACUAGAUAAAGAAUGAAUAAUGAGCAUCUAAAUCUUAUUAAGGACAUAAAAUGAUUCAAACCCUUUUCAUGAUAAUUUAGCUUCACAUCAUAUGCUCCUUAUAGUUCCACUAUAACGUUUCUGAAAAUUUAGAAGAAUAAGAAAAAGGAAUAGGUUAGCAUGGAGAUUAGCAUGUCUUGAUCCUAAACAUGGAUGAUUAGCAUGGAGAGCAGCCAAAGUUAUAAGUGAAGAUAAAGAAAAGCUUGUUACAAUCUAUGAUCCUACUAUUUUCGAUGAAUAUAACAUAAGUUGGAACAACAAAUUAUAUAACGGAGUAGCUAAGUUCCUAAAUUAUAUAAAAAGAACUGAUUUUUGACUAAUUUAUAACAUUUCAAGACUGCCAUUGUCACAGUUCAUCUAAACAAACCUUUUCUUGAUCGAAAGAAUUGCUAACCCAACCUUGCUAUCAUUUUCACUUUCAAUUCCCCAGGUUGGAUCAGUACUCUUAACCAGCCAAUCAAC